AUGAAUUUAUCGUUCAAGGGUUGUUCACUACACGAAGCACUAGCCAUAGUAGAAGAAGAUGAAGAACUUGAAGUGCCGUUGCUUGCAAUCGUCUCUGAUCAAGAUUCGGGCGGCGAAGAAGGAGGCGGUCUAACAAAUAUCCUCACAGAUCAUCAACUCAAUGGUGAGAGCGAAGUGGUGUUCGCGUCUACGUCAUUGUAA